AUGAGAAUCGAAGAAAUUGUCAUUGAAGGCUUUAAAUCUUAUGCGGUUCGUACUCAUAUUUCUGGAUGGGACCCCGCAUUUAAUGCCAUUACAGGACUUAACGGUUCUGGAAAAUCAAAUAUACUGGACGCGAUAUGUUUCGUGUUGGGUUUAGCAAACUUAAGUCAGGUUCGUGCAAAUAAUAUGCAGGACCUGAUUUAUAAACGGGGUCAGGCCGGUGUCAAUAAAGCCUCAGUCACUAUUAGGUUUAAUAACGAAGAUAAAAAUAAUAGUCCCGUUGGGUUUGAAAAAAUUAAGGAAAUAAAUGUUACGAGACAAAUCGUUAUGGGUGGAGGACAAAGCAAAUAUUUUGUUAAUGGAACAAGAACUCAACAAAAAAACGUUGGAAAUUUAUUCCAAUCGGUUCAACUUAAUAUCAAUAAUCCGCACUUUUUGAUUAUGCAAGGUCGAAUCACAAAAGUUCUUAACAUGAAACCUCCAGAAAUCUUAGCAAUGAUUGAAGAAGCUGCCGGUACACGCAUGUUUGAAGAGAGAAAAGAAAAGGCAUUAAAAACCAUCGCAAAAAAAGAAAAAAAAGUUGAAGAUAUUACAAAGGUACUUGACGGAGAGAUCGAACCAAAAUUAGAAAAGUUGAGGAUUGAAAAAAGGAUUUUUUUGGAAUUCCAGAAAACCGAAACCGAGAUUGAGCGUUUGAGUCGAAUUGUUAUUGCAUAUGAUUAUUCAAAGAAUCAAGAAAAAGCAAAUAAAACGGGUGCUGAAGUUGAAGCAAAGAUGAAUAAAAUUCAAGAAUCAGAAAGGUUUAUUGAGCGUAUCAAGGAAGAAAUUGCUUACAUGGAGGAAGAUAUAAAACAAACUAUAUCUAAAAAAGAAAAGGAAUUGGGGAAAAGUGUUAAUAUUAAAGAACUAGAAAAUAAUGUAACGGAGUAUUCAAACGAGUUAUAUCGCAUCAUUACAAAAUGUGAUCUCCACAAAGUCUCUAUUGAUGAAGAAAUGGUCAAAAAGAAUGCUCGUUUAUCAAACAAAGCUGAGAUAAAUCAAGCAUUGUUGCGCAAAACUGAAGAAUCUAAAAAAUUAGAAAUUCAGUUCGUUGAAAUAAAAAAAGUUCAUGAUGAAAAAAGUGAACAAGUAAGAAAAUCAGAGGAACUUUUCGAAACAUUGUCUACGGGUCUUUCAGCAAAGGAGGGACACGAAUAUGGAUACAUGGAGCAGUUACAAGAGGCAAGAAAUAAUGCAUCUCGUGCAUCAACCGAAAUAGAACAAGCCAACGUAAAGAUGUCACAUUUAAAAUUCGAAUUAAAAGAAAAGGAGCCUUUAGCGGAAAGGGCUCAAAUCAAAGGUUUAGUUGCGGAGUUAAUUAACUUGAAUCCGCAACAUAUGCAAUGCUCGCUCGCUUUAGAAAUUUGUGCUGGUGGUAAAUUGUAUAACUUGGUCGUGGAGAAUGACGAAGUUGCAACUCAACUUCUCAAAAAUGGACAAUUUCAGAAACGCGUGACAAUAAUUCCUUUAAAUAAGAUUCAAGCGUAUAGAUUAUCAGCUGAGAGACUCACGAAUGCUAAACGGAUGGCUCCUGAGAAAGUAGAUCUAGCAUUGACAUUAAUCGGUUAUGAUCAUGAAGUUGAAGCUGCUAUGAAAUUUGUAUUUGGAAAUACCUUGAUAAUUACAGAUGCCGAUACGGCUAAACAAGUCACUUUUAACAAGAGUGUACUAAUUAAAUCUGUUACUUUUGAAGGAGAUGUUUAUGAUCCCGCUGGAACUCUUCAGGGCGGAUCCAAACCUUCAUCUGCUGGAAUUCUUAUGAAUUUGCAAACUUUAAAAGGCUACAAACAGCAAAUCAAGAUUAAUCAGGAUGAAUUCGAUAAUCUUGAUGAAGAAAUCGCAAGCACGCAAAGGAUGGAAGACAGGUACCAACAAAUCAAACAUCAGUUAGGGUUAAUGACACAUCAAGUCGCGUUGUUAGAACAACGAAUCAAUAAUAGUAAUGAAUCACAGACCAUUAAUACCGUCAAGCAUAUCAAAUCUAAAAUCGUCGAAGUUGAAAGUACUAUCGCCACUUCUAUGGAAAAACGGAAAUAUGCUUUGGAUUCAUGUCAAAGAAUUGAAAAUGAAAUGAAUGAGUUCGAAAAUAAUCGAGAUUCAAAACUAAAAGAUCUAAAGAAAUCUGUAUCUCAAGGAAAAUCGGAGAUCGCACAAAGUAAUCAAGUUGUUACUAAUAUGCAGAGGAAAAUCCAAACUAUAUUUUUGGAGAUGAUAGAUCUGCUAAACAUCAACGAAGAAAUUGAUAAUUUUGAUAAUAAUAUUAAACAAUUAUCCGAAGUUGCUGAAUCUAUGGGACAUGAGCUAGAUCGGUUUAAGAGUCUAUUACAUCAAGCUCAAACCGAAUUUGAAAAAGAGAGAGAGAUGAUUUCGGCUUUUGAUGGGGAAAUUUCGGAGCUUCAAAAUGCUGUUAAAACAAAAACAGCAGAAAUGACCGAAAUAAAAUUAGAAAUGUCCAAGAUUAAUCAUGAAGCUGAAAAACUUCAAAGAGAUAAAGAAGCUUCUCAACAAGUUAUUUUACAAAUGGAAAGCGAGCACGAUUGGAUUUUAAAUCAAAAGCACCAUUUUGGAAAACCUAAUACUGCAUAUGAUUUCAUAAAUCACAACCCGAACGAAUGCAAAAAGAUGUUACGGCAACUUGAGAUGAAUCGUAAAAAUUUGCGUAAAAAAAUCAACAAAAAAGUUAUGAACAUGAUUGACAGCGUAGAAAAGAAAGAAACGGCUUUGAAGCAAAUGUUAUCAACGGUCAAAAAAGAUAAGAAAAAAAUCGAGGUUACUAUUGUAUCCCUCGAUAAUUACAAAAAAGAUGCAUUACAGAAAACUUGGAAGAAAGUUAGCGAGGAUUUCGGUGCCAUUUUUAGCGAAUUGUUACCAAAUAGUUUCGCUAAACUUCAACCACCAGAGGGUUUAGAUCUAAUGGAUGGUUUAGAAGUUAAAGUGAGCCUUGGAGGAGUAUGGAAACAUAGUCUAUCGGAGCUAAGUGGUGGACAACGGUCACUUAUUGCUUUAUCUUUGAUCUUGUCAUUAUUACAAUUUAAACCUGCUCCAAUGUACAUACUUGAUGAAGUGGAUGCGGCACUAGACCUUUCACACACGCAAAAUAUUGGACAAUUACUUCGAACUCGUUUUAAAGGGUCACAGUUUAUUGUUGUGUCACUCAAAGACGGAAUGUUUAAUAAUGCUAAUGUAUUAUUUCGUACAAGAUUUCGAGGUGGCACUUCAGUUGUCGAGAAGACGAGAUCGAACCAUUUAAUUAAGAGUUAUUUGCGAAUAGAUGUUUCUAAAAACUCUAAUUCUUUUAUGCAGUAUAUAAUAAAGAUAUAG